AUGGCAGCCACGGCGGACAUCGGUUUGGUGGGUUUGGCGGUCAUGGGCGAGAACCUCGUGCUCAACAUGCUCAACCACGGCUUCACUGUGGCCGUGGACAACUUUGUGAGCGGGCGUGCGGCGGGCAAGAGCGUGGUCGGGUGCCACAGCCUGGAGGACCUGGUGAAGAGCAUCAAGCGGCCGCGCAAGGUGAUGCUGAUGGUGAUGGCGGGCGAGGUGGUGGACAUCUUCAUCAACGCGCUGGCGCCGCUGCUCGAGGAGGGCGACAUCAUCAUCGACGGCGGCAACUCGCACUUCCCGGACUCGAACCGGCGCACGCGGGACCUGGCGGCGCGUGGGCUGCACUUUGUGGGCGCGGGCGUGUCGGGCGGCGAGGAGGGGGCGCUGCUGGGGCCGUCGAUCAUGCCGGGCGGGGCGUGCGAGGCGUGGGAGGCGGUGAAGCCCAUCUUCCAGGCCAUCGCGGCGCGCGUGGAGGACGGUUCGCCGUGCUGCGACUGGGUGGGCCAGGGCGGCGCGGGCCACUUUGUGAAGAUGGUGCACAACGGCAUCGAGUACGGCGACAUGCAGCUCAUCUGCGAGGUCUACUUUGUCAUGAAGCACCUGCUGGGCAUGGGCAACGACGAGAUGCACGCCGCCUUCGCCGAGUGGAACCGCGGGGAGCUCAACAGCUACCUGAUCGAGAUCACGGCCGAGAUCCUGGCCAAGCGGGACGACGAGCAGCCCGACGCGCACGUGGUCGACCUCAUCCUCGACACGGCGGGCCAGAAGGGCACCGGCAAGUGGACCGUCGAGGCCGGCCUCGACUUUGGCGCGCCCGUCACGCUCAUCGGCGAGGCCGUCUUCGCGCGCACCCUCUCCUCGCUCAAGGCCGACCGCACCGCCGCCGCCGCGGUCCUGGCCGGCCCCGCCGGGCUGCCGCCCUUUGCCGGCGACCGCGCGACCGUGCUGGGCCACCUCAAGGACGCCCUCUACGCGUCGAAGCUGGUCUCCUACGCGCAGGGCUUCAUGCUCAUGCGCGCCGCCGACGCCAAGUUCGACUGGAAGCUUAACUACGGCGGCAUCGCCCUCAUGUGGCGCGGCGGCUGCAUCAUCCGCUCCACCUUCCUGGGCAAGAUCAAGGAGGCCUUCGACCGCGACCCCGCCCUCACCAACCUCCUGCUCGACCCCUUCUUCCGCGACCAGAUCGACAAGGCCCAGGCCGGCUGGCGCAAGAUCACCGCCCUCGCCGUCGAGCACGGCGUGCCCGCCCCGGCCAUCGCCUCGGCCAUCUCCUUCUACGACGCCUACCGCACCGCGCGCCUCCCCGCCAACCUCCUCCAGGCCCAGCGCGACUACUUUGGCGCCCACACCUACGAGCGCGUCGACCGCGACCGCGGCCUCUUCUUCCACACCAACUGGACCGGCCGCGGCGGCGCCACCCACUCCACCACCUACAACGUGUAA